CCCACAAAACCUCUCAAAGUUCCAACCAUGAGAAAAUCCUCAAUCUCACUCUUCUCCCAUCUCACUCGCCACACCUCCAAAUCCCUCGCUCCUCUUCUCUCCCGAAAUUACAUUUCCACCCCUCCCUCUCCCCCUUCAUCUUCUUCUUCCUCACCGACCCAGUUCACCUCCUGCACCAAACUCCAUGGCUUAAUCUUCAAACCCCCACAAUUCCAAACCAACCCAUCUCGAAACACGAACACCCUCGCGCCCCAAAUGAACUCAAGGCAGAGAAAAACCAAGGAAAAAUCCGAUCUUGAAGACGCAUUUGAGUGGGCGACUACUUCUGAAGAGAUGCGUACAGCUUUCAAGGAAAUGGAGUCGGUUUUCGGAGAGAAAGAGCUGGCCUUGGCUUGUUUGAAACUUGGGCUCAAGCUUGACCAGGAAGGUGAGGACCCUGAACAAGCUUUGGCUUUUGCUACUAGGGCCUUUAAUGCUUUUGAUAAAGAACAUGAUGAUAGUGAUGUUAGUAGUAGUGGAAAGAGUUCGUUUCUUGUUGCAAUGGCUUUACAAUUGAUGGGUUCGGCUAGUUAUAGCUUGAAGAGGUUUAAUGAUAGUUUGGGGUAUUUGAAUAGGGCUAGUAGGGCAUUGGGUAGGUUGGAGGAGGAGGGUUGUGAUGUUGGGGAUGUUAGGCCGGUGAUGCAUGCGGUGCAGUUGGAGCUGGCGAAUGUGAAGACGGCGAUGGGGAGGAGGGAGGAGGCUCUUGUGAAUCUGAGGAAGUGUUUGGAGAUUAAGGAGGUGAUGUUGGAGAAAGAUAGUAAGGAGCUUGGGAAGGCUAACAGGGAUUUGGCUGAGGCUUAUGUUGCGGUUCUGAACUUUAAGGAGGCGAUGGGGUUUUGUAGGAAGGCGUUGGAGAUUCAUAAAGAACUCUUGGGGCAGAAUUCUGUGGAGGUUGCGCAUGACAGGAGGCUGCUUGGGGUUAUUUAUACCGGUUUGGAGGAGCAUGAGAAGGCCUUGGAGCAGAACAUGUUGUCGCAGAAGGUUUUGAAGAAUUGGGGUCUCGGUUCUGAUUUGCUUCGUGCGGAGAUUGAUUCUGCAAAUAUGCAGAUUGCUUUGGGGAAGUAUGAUGACGCUAUUAAUACUUUGAAGGGUGUUGUUCAGCAAACGGAUAAGGAUAGUGAGACCAGGGCACUAGUGUUUAUCUCGAUGGGAAAAGCACUAUGUAAUCAGGAAAAGUUUUCAGAUGCAAAGAGAAGUUUGGAGAUUGCUUGUGGAAUUCUUGACAAGAAAGAGAGAGCCGCCCCGGUAGAUGUUGCUGAGGCAUACUCAGAAAUAUCUAUGCAAUACGAGACAAUGAACGAGUUUGAGACUGCAAUUUCACUGUUAAAGAGGACAUUGGCAUUGCUUGAGAAGCUCCCUCAAGAACAACAUUCUGAGGGAAGUGUUUCUGCUAGGAUAGGGUGGUUACUUCUGUUGACCGGCAAGGUCUCACAGUCUAUUCCUUACUUGGAGAGUGCGGCUGAAAGGUUGAAAGAGAGCUUUGGUCCCAAGCAUUUUGGUGUGGGCUACAUUUACAACAACUUGGGGGCAGCAUAUUUGGAAUUAGACCGGCCUCAGUCAGCUGCACAGAUGUUUGCUGUGGCAAAGGACAUCAUGGAUGUCGCGCUUGGUCCACAUCAUGCAGAUUCAAUCGAGGCAUGCCAGAACCUCUCAAAAGCAUAUGAUGCUAUGAAAAGCUAUGCCCUUGCAAUUCAAUUCCAGCAGCAAGUAGUUGAUGCUUGGGAGAGUCAUGGACCAAGUGCACAUGAUGAACUCCGAGAAGCACAGCGAAUUCUUGAAGAGUUGAGGAAGAAAGCCCGUGGGACAUUUUCAAAUGAUGAGCGAACCAUAAAGGCCUUGCCCUUGCCCCAAACUCAUCCAUCUGCCAGGAGCUCACAGGCUGAUUUCCUUUGAAUUUGAACUGAUUGGACUUAAUAUGAAAGAUGCUCUGAGUAAUUGAUAUACCGAAGUGAGUAACUUCGUCCUAGAAUGUGACGGUAUGGCUGCUGUUUUCAGUGCUUCUGAUAAUGUUUUGGCUAUGUUAUUUUUUCUUCAUGGGGUGUCAGUGUCUUCAUAAGAAAGAAACUUAAUAACCCAUCAUUCUAAACUUGAACUGUAUUACCUUGAAG